GGGCUGGGCAUUGUUAGGUCAGUUAUUCACAGUGUAUGACCGACGUCGGAAUUUUCAGUGUACAUAGUGGUAAUUUUAAUUGAACCUCUUUCUUACAACCUAAUAAUACAUCAUGUUAGAAGCACAGUCAAUGCGAUCCGUGCCAGCCCAGUGCACCGCGGGGUGGUGAGGGAAUAAUGAAGAAAUGUUUCCCGUUGUUCUUUACUUGACAGGCAUCUGGUACUGUACCUCACCGUUAUUUCUGCUGGAGAUUUUUUUUUUCAUCUGGAAGGAGUAACAAACUACGGCGUUGAGGAAAGGCAUAUAAAGCCAUUUGUUUUUUGAAUGGCUAUUCCCAGUUGAAACAAAAAAUGUUGCUAUACCAAAAUAAUUUCACUGAAUGAGCAGUGUAUGCCAGUUCAAUUUAUACAGCAACAACGGCGAGCAAAACCUGGCGACCUGACAUCACAUCUGUUUGCAUGGGGAAAUUGGAUCGAAGUAGCUACCCCUAUGCGAUUGCGAGACUGAUGAACUUUUUAUGGAACGUAAUGCGUUUUCUGUUGGCACAGGUGGAUUUGCAAGCUAGUAGUAGACAGAGUGUCAGUUAACUGGAGAAAAUACCAGGGAACUAGGUAGCGAGCAGGCAAAUCAAUAACGUGAAAUAUUGGGUGGCCACGGCUAGCAAGCACACUAGCUAGCUGCCAGAGUGUAUACUGACACCAGCAUAGUGGAAGAAAUUCCCGAUGCCAGUGAUGGCAAACGAGCCGAUCAUUUUAAACGUCUAUGAUAUGUACUGGAUCAAUGAGUUCACCACCUCUCUGGGCAUCGGAGUCUUCCACUCAGGAAUUGAGGUCUACGGCAGAGAGUUUGCCUAUGGAGGACAUCCAUACCCAUUCUCAGGGAUUUUUGAGAUAACCCCGGGCGACGCCACAGAACUCGGCGACACGUUCAAAUUCAAAGAGGCCCUUGUCCUGGGGAGCACAGACUUUAAUGAGGAAGACGUGGAGCGCAUCGUAGAGGAGAUGGGCAAAGAAUACAAGGGAAACGCCUACCACCUCAUGCACAAGAACUGCAACCACUUCUCAUCAGCUCUGUCAGAGAUCCUGUGCGGCAGGGAGGUCCCUCGCUGGGUCAACCGUCUGGCCUACUUCAGCUCUUGUGUGCCCUUCCUGCAGAGCUGCCUGCCUAAAGAGUGGCUGACCCCGGCCGCCCUGCAGUCCAGCGUCAGCCAGGAGCUCCACGCUGGAGAGCUGGAGGAGGCCGAGGAUGCCGCAGCCACAGCCUCGCUGGCCUCCAUGCCUUCCUGCUCCUCCUCCUCCUCCAGCCCCUCGCAGCUGCCCCGUGCUCCCAGGCACCAGCCCCGCCGGUAGGGCUGGCCUAUAAGGAAGCACACCACCGAUCCAGCCUCCAGCUCCUCCUGUAGGGCCGUGACUAAGGGGAACCAUAGAGCCAGGCCGAGGGGUCAAGCUAGCCCAGACUCCUCUCCUGUAGGCAGCCCGGCCUGGGAGCAGGCCUGCCAGGCCCAGGGGGGCCCAGUGUGGACCUCUUCCUCGCCUUCAACCACAGCCAGAGUCUGUUGCUCCGCAGUAGACUGGCUGAAGGCCCUACCCCCCGAAGCCUGCUCUGGACCACUCUGCCAAGAGACUGACACAAACACGGCCCCUUGCUGCUUGCAUCCCCUCCCCUCCUGACACCUCUGCCAUAAUGGUGCCCUGGGACCAGAUCCGCAUUCAGAUUUACUUUCCUAGAUCCUAACACUGAUCACGAACAAGGAAAAUGCUAAACUGACCCAGGACCAGCCUCUAGAGGCCAAACGUAGGUAAAAUACACUGGCCAAAUGCCUACAUGUAUUUAGGGUGCACUGGGUUUAUCUCAUAGUACAGUGUUACUUUGGGACUUUUCCAUGUAGUACAUUGUAUGGGGGUAAAUUGAACCAAGCGCACCCCAAGUAUUUGAUAGUAUUUGAGCUAGGUAUUCUAGACCACAGCAGAUGCCUCUCCUUCCUGAAGAGACCUGCCAUCCACCAGCCGUCCACAGACACUGGCUAUCACACUGGGUGUCAUGGCGAUAGGCUUGGAUGAUGGUUGUUUUAAUUUCAAGACAACAAUCCUUUUUAUGGUUGUGUUUUGUGUUGUUGUUUGUUGAUUUGACUGACUUUGGCCUUUUUCUCUGGUCUGUUCUGUUUUAUUUUAUAUACUCAGGACUCCAAAAGGCUUAAUAUUCUGUUAGGUCUCCUUCUCACACAACUUCUUUUUGCUUUUUGUAACGUCACUCUAUAGAGCUUUUCAGAGUGCAUUUUAUUCCACUCUGUUUUUCUUGUCUUUUUUAAGAGCUUUUUGUUUACAAACUGAGUGAAUGCGUUUCUCUCAGAUUGUGUAUGUGUAUGGUAUCUGAUUAUGACACUGACACCUGGGCCAAUCCCGCCACCCCAACAAACACACAUACACACACUCUCUCUCUCUCUCUCUCUGAUGUUGACUUCUGUGGCGGUUGUGCCUGAUGAUUUGUACUGUACCAGCUCAUGGAGCGCUGCACUGUUUCCUUGACGGUUGACCUGUCUGUCUGGUUUACCUGUCUGUAUGUCUGUUACCUGCCUGUCUGCCUGCCUCCAGCAGCCAGCAGACUCCUCCUACCCUAGAUAACUGAUAUCAGAUGUUUUACACCUUUCUAGAGUCUUCUGUGGAACUGACAAUAUUUGUAUCCCAUUUUAAAGUUAUUAAAGAAAAAUGUAUGAGAAACUGAAGCCUGUGAUCAGAGUUGU